AUGUCGAAGAAUCCGAGCUCAUGUGUUGCCAUGGCGUACACAUCUUGGAAGCCGGACGCCGUGGUCGCUAUCGAUUUUGGGAUGACCUUCACAGGAAUUGCUUACUCAAAAGCUCCAGAGUGGACUAAACCGAUAACCAUUCAACAAUGGCCCGGCAAGCUCAGCGCGGAGCUCACGAACAAAGUCCAAACAGCCAUCGCAUUUGAUCGACGCACCGGUGCCUCGCUUGGCUGGGGAUUUCAGUGCGAAGAGAUACGAAACAAUGGGAAGCAUACCCGAGACGUCCAAAUUGAAGAGUACUUCAAGCUCCAUAUUGACCCCGACUACCAAGAUGGCCACGAGUCAGCUCCGUCGCCGCAUGACGCCCAGACUUGGUUCUGGCACUACAUGCGUCGAAUGUACAUCUUCAUCCAGGACUACUUCGACGGACGCGUUGCACGCUGGAAACAGUGCAAGGUCGAAUUCGUCUUCAGUGUCCCCACCACCUGGAAGAAUCCAGCAAUGAUUGCACAUGUCAAGCGCAUCCUCAAAGAGGCCGGUUUUAGCGAGAGCCAUAACCAAAGAGUCAACAUCUCCUUGACCGAGGCCGAGGCUGCUGCUGUGUAUGCUGCAAGCCAGCAUUACAAGCGGGACGAUGUGAUACUUGUCUGUGAUGCUGGUGGCGGAACCACGGACGUCAACGUGUUGAAGAUCACAUCUGACGCUCCGCGCACCGAACUCACCCCGCUCUCUUAUGUCGAGGGCAUGGCUGUCGGCUCAGCUUUGAUUGACUGGAAGAUGUCAAUCAUCAUUCAACAACGACUCGAGCUUGUUAAACACCAUUUGCAGGGCAAACCGCAAGAAAUUGCUGAACAGAUGAUUCGAGGGCGCUUUGAAAGCUUCAAAUGUGAUUUCGGCUCCGAGGCUUCUGAGAUGGAUGAAAUCCCACUACCCAUACCGGGCAUGGAACCUGGCCACGACUUUCCGGGAUCGAGGAUACGAAAUUCACGUAUGAUCAUUCUGAAAGAAGAACUACAACAUCUCUUCGAUGAGCAGAUUGAAAAGAUCCUCCGCAUCAUCGACCGCCAACUGGAAAAACUCCAACACACCCAUUCCCAGGAAGUUUCCUACAUAAUUGUCUCUGGGGGGCUUGGCAGCUCUCCUUAUCUGCGACGGCGCCUGCGAGACCGCUACCAGCUCGAAGCCGAACACCUCUUCGACAACGUCGACGAUCUCCAAAUUCUCCUUGCGCCGGAACCCCAGCUCGCCGUAUGCCAUGGCCUGGUCAUGAACCGCGUCCAGGAGAUCACUUCCGAGAUCCCGAUGUACACGUCCCGCCGCUGCCGCGCCAGCUACGGCAUCCUCUGCCGCGAGAAGUACGACCCGCGCCGCCAUGCCGGCGAAGACGUCUCCGUCGACGAAUAUGACAAGAAGAAAUGGGUUGAUGGGCAGAUUCACUGGGUCGUCAAGAAGGGCGACCCCAUCGACGUCUCCCGCGGCAUCCGCCACCCCUACCGUCUCAAGCGACCCGCCGGCACCGAACUCAAGCCCUGGCGCACGCAAAUCGUCAUGUCUCUGCUCCCUCCAGCCAACCUCCCGCGCAGCUUCAAGCAAGACCAACAACAACAACGCUCAAAACGGGACAGCCGCCGCGCCAGCCUCAGCUCGAACGGCGUCACCAAGCUCUGCACCAUCGAGUCCACCCUCAUGCACGCCGACAUGGUCCUGCACAACACCGCCCGCUGGUACCACCGCCUGUUCUGCCUCGGCGGAGCUGAUAGGGAGUAUUGGUUGGCUGAGUUCCAGAUGCACAUCCUGAUCGAGCCCGCGGAUCUGAAGUUCGAGCUUGUGAGCCGGAAUGGCGAGAAGUUGGCCAAGCGUGGGCAGGAGGGCGGAGGCGGCGUGGCGGUGAAGUGGGAGGCGUUGCCGCAGAUGAGGUUGGUUGGUGGUGCUGGGGGAAGUGUGGAUGAUGGGUGGGUUGGGGUUGGGGAGGUGGAGGGGGAGGGGCCGCCGGAGCGGGGGGAGUUGGCGGGGGUGUAUAGGGCGUGA